AUGCAAUUCAUACGUGAAAUCCUAUUCCCUGCUGGUAUUGAUAGGCCCCUCGCCGCCUACAACGCCUCAGCCUGUGAGGCUCUCCGCGCGAACUGGGAGUUCCCGCACACGCACUACGAGAGCUCUUCGUCGGUGAUGGCGGGAUUCUACGCCAACCAGAGCUGCGACCCGAUUCUCAGCCCGUCAUCCCGCUGCAUUGUCGGCACGUACGUGCAGGACGCCGUGCGCGUGCGAUCCGCGGCUACGUCCAGGAGACAAUCGCCUUCACUACUGCCCACCAUAUCCGGAUGCUCGUGCGCAACACCUGCCCCACCAUCACAGUCGGCGGCGGCGGGCCCGGGCCCGGGGCUCUGGGAAGUCAACGGAACUUGGUAG